UCAAUAUCAUUCUUACCAAACAAAGCCUUAGCUUAUAUUCCUUCUGCUUUCAGCACCAGACAAACCAGGUCUCUCUCCCACACGCACUCUCUGUCCUUUGUACAACUCGUCCGGUUUUGGGGGUUUUCUCAGUACCCGGAUUUUCUUUCCCUGUAAUGCUUCAACGUUUCUCCCUUCUACACUGGAACCGCCAAUGUACGGACACGGCCAGUCCAUGACCAUCCCCAGUCAGAUCGCUGACGACGAAGAUGCCUCAGGAGUCGGCGGCGGUGCCGAGUCCGUUGACAAUCCCCACCUCCGCUACGAGGCUCAUGCUCUCGAUGACCCCGCCGGGGGUGUUGCCGGCAGUGGAGACGUCGUUGAGGACGUCAACCCCGACUCUGUCUAUGGUGCCGGCCAUGAGAUGGUCGUUCAUCGUAGCGAUGGAAGCAGUCAGCUCACCCUCUCGUUCCGUGGCCAAGUCUAUGUUUUCGACGCUGUUACUCCUGAUAAGGUUCAGGCAGUGUUGUUACUCUUGGGGGGAUGUGAAAUCUCUGCUGGGGCACAAGGUGUGGGGAUGCAGUCUCAGAAUCACAGGGCUAUGGUCGACAUUCCGGUACGGUGUAGUCAGCCUCAUAGAGCGGCCUCGUUAAAUAGGUUCCGGCAGAAGAGAAAAGAGCGGUGCUUUGAUAAGAAAGUUAGAUAUAGUGUCCGUCAAGAAGUUGCACUUAGGAUGCAGCGUAACAAGGGCCAAUUUACUUCAAAAAAGACAGAUGGAUCUUAUAGCUGGGGUAACAGCCAGGAGUCUGGGCAAGAGGAUAAUUCACUUCAAACUUCAUGCACACAUUGCGGCACAAGUUCAAAGUCUACCCCGAUGAUGCGGCGCGGACCAUCUGGCCCAAGGUCUCUUUGCAAUGCAUGUGGGCUUUUUUGGUCAAAUAGGGGGACUUUGAGGGAACUUUCCAAGAAGACCCAGGAUCAUUCUCCAACUCCAGUAGAGCAGGGUGAAGGAGAAGCUAGUGAUUCCAACUGCGAAACAACCAUCAGAACUCACAGUAAUCUUGUUUCUUUCUGUAAUGGUGAUACCUGAGCUUCAAUAGCUGAGCAAUAAGUUGUCAUGCGGAAAAAGCCAAAGUCGUCUCUGGCUUUAUUCAUGUAGGUUUUUUCUGGUAAGUUGAUUUAUUUGGUGUGCCUCGUCUAAUCUACCAAUAGGAUAGUGCCUUUAUCAAUACGAGAGAUUUUCUCUUUUCUUCUAUAUAUAAAUAUAUUAUAUAUAUCUUAGGCACUAUUCUGGUCAAAGCUUACUAUGUAUCAAAUUAACUUGAAGGAUUUAGCUGGGGUAGUUAUAUAUAGUGUAUGCUCUUUGAUACCCAACAAGCACAUUUUGCCAGACUUCUUUCCCUGUUAAUUGAAAAAGAAAAAGAAUACAUGGAAACAAUUUGGUGGUCCUGAUUUCUGAAGAGCAUCUCAUGGAUACUGUGAAGUUAGGACCAUGUCUUUUUUUUUUCUUUUCUAUUUUCUUUAAAAGAGUGUUAUGUCAAAUAAUUAGUGUUGCAGAUUGCUGAUUGAUCAAUGAAACAGCAAAUUUGUGUUGCAGAAGAAUCUGCCGUUGUCUCUUCUCAAGGAAGAGUGGCAGCAAAUUAGUGUAGUUCAUAUUGGAGUUUAUAAAUAGUUCCUAAUAAGUACUUGGAUUUUGACUAGUUAGACUGUAUACGAGUGGCCAGAAAUUUGGUUGAUCUGAAUCAUGCUUCUUGUUUAUAAAUGUUCACGUCAAUGGCUUUCAGUGUUCUAA